AUGUCGGACUCGUCGCUUUCAAGAUUUGUGCAAACGCACAAGAUUGCGCUGGCUGUGACGGCCGUUGUAGGUGCCGGAUCGGUGGCCGGAUUGCUGUACUAUUUGAACCAACAGAAUGCAGGUUUGGAUGAUUCUUCGAAAUCGAAGAAGAAAAACAAGAACAAGAAAAAGAAGAAGUCUGACAAAAAGUCUGCAACAGUAACUGCCAACUGGCCUUCCUCCAAUAUUCCAAUCAACGAGAGCACUGGUUUACCAAAUGUGACUGAAGAGCUUGUCAAGGGCAUGACAAAGGAAGAACGAAACAAAUGGGCAUUGGCUUUGAAAGAGACUGGUAACCAGUACUACAAGGCAGAAGAUUUCAAGCCAGCAAUUGAAUGCUACACUCUGGCCUUGCUCUGUAAAACCGAUCCGGUUUUCUAUGCCAACAGAGCUGCUUGUUACGCUGCCCAAGGCGAGCAUGAAAAAUGUAUUGAUGACUGUACCGAGGCCUUGAAAUUGAAUCCAGGCUACUCCAAGUGCUUACUCAGAAGAGCCCAUGCUUAUGAGAAUAUCGAAAAGUACGAAGAAGCUAUUUAUGAUCUUACAGCUUUGACCAUUUACGGCGGGCUGAACGAUCAGUCUCCGGAAACGUUAUUGGAAAGAAAUCUGAAGAAGCUGGCAAACAAAAUUAAUGAAGAGCGCUUUUCCACUCUUCCGAAAGAAUUGCCUUCCUCUUCCUCUAUAUCCUCCUUUUUUGGUGCUUUUGCUAAGGAAAACAUCGACUUGGAUGAAUCUAAGUAUCCAAAUCAGUCUUGCUCCCAGUUUCUGGUUAAAGGCUUGAAUGAAAUGGCAAAGGAUACUUACGAGAAUUACGUCAACGCAGAUGUCCUGUUUCAUCAAGCUGUGACCAGCUACGAAAAGGAAAGUUCCGAUACGGACGUUAAGCAUGCCGCCCUCGCCUAUGAAUAUAAGGGAACUUUCGAUUUCCUCAAGGGUGAUUCUGAGCCUGCAGUUUCCAACUUCAACAAAGCUCUGAGCUUAGAUCCAAGAUGCAGAACACAUGUUCUUUUGGGUCUUGUGAAUGCUGACAAGGGAGAUUUUGCUUCCGCUGACGAAGAGAUUGGCAAGGCCAUCAAAAUGAAUCCCGAAGAUCCGGAUAUUUAUUAUCACUACGGACAAUUGUUUUAUCUGAUGGGAGAUUUGGACAAGGCCAAGGAUAACUUUGAGAAAUCUAAGCUUUACAAUCCAGAAAAUGUAUUCGGCCACAUUCAAUUGGCCUGCAUCGCCUACAGAAAAGGUGAAUCUGCUACCUGUGAUGAAUUGUUCAGGGAGGCCAAGAGAAAGUUCCCAACCUCUCCAGAAGUUCCAAACUAUUAUGGAGAGAUCUUGUUUGAUAGACAAGACUACGCAGCUGCAGCGAAGCAAUUUGAUACUGCUGCCAGAUUGCAGGAGGUUCUUCCAACCUUCAAUAUAGGUGCUUUGCCACUCAUAAAUAAGUCGGCUAUCUUUCAGGUUAACAAGGACAUCGCCGGAUGCGAGCAGCUGUUGAAGACCGCUUGUGAGUUGGAUCCUAAGUCUGAGGUUGCCAGAAUUAAUUUGGGACAGAUUUAUCUUCAGGCACAAAAAGUCAAGGAUGCCAUUGAAUUGUUCGAAGAGGCAUGCCGGUUGUCUAGAUCCAAUGACGACAGAGUCCAAGCAAUCUCGCUUAUGGAGGCCUCGAAGAUUCAGUUGAAGAUCAAGGAAGAUCCUAUUUUGAGUGCUAAGGUUGAGGAGAUCUUGAGACGUGCAGGAAUAGAAAGAAAUGCCUAA